AUCUGUGUUAACGGUAGAUUUUCAUCCAUAUCUCGUAUUGUUGCAGGCAUGAAAUGAUGACCAGCGUGAGGUGUUGCCAGUGCAGUGCUAACAUUAUGCAACGUUUCGAUGCUGAAUAUACCCAGCAGUAAGUGACGUAGCAACGUCAAUCAGGAAGUGUUUUCCAGACUUGAAGCUGCUUCACGUGUAUGUUUCUUCCAACUUUUGCUCUUCUUUGAAAUAACAUUUCACCGGUGCCGUGUCAAAGUAAUAUGCAGAACGACUUGCGAUGGCUUGGAAGUCAAAGACCCGCAGUCUACAGGUGUUCGACACAGAGUUGAGUGCCGACACAGUGGAGUGGUGCCCGAUCCCGCAGUGCUACAACAUUCUGGCAUGUGGAACAUAUCAACUACAGAAGGGGCCAGAUGCGGGAUCAGAGGAGGCGGCCUCCCGGAUUGGUCGACUGUACCUGUUCCAGUUUCGUCAACAAGGACCAAUGUUUCCACCCCUCAAUGAGCUGCAACGGAUUGACACACCUGCUAUAUUAGAUCUAAAAUGGUGCCAUGUGCCGGUGUCAGACAGGCCUCUGCUUGGUAUGGCCACAGCCUCUGGAGAGAUUCAACUUCACAGACUCACAGACAGUCAGGACUGUUCCUGUGUUCUGAAGACUGUGAACAGUUUGGAACUAGGACCGGAUAGGUUGGCCCUGUCACUGGACUGGUCUACUGGCCGUGCUGAUAGCAGCGACGUGCGUGUUGUGUCCAGUGACUCAGCAGGCUGUGUCAGUGUCUUGUCCCUGGGGGAAGGCAGUCUGACGGCUGUGUCCCAGUGGAGGGCCCAUGACUUUGAAGCCUGGAUAUCAGCAUUCUCCUACUGGGAUACUCAGCUUGUCUACUCUGGCGGGGAUGACUGCAAGCUAAAGGGCUGGGAUCUUAGGAUGGGUCCAUCUUCCCCCACUUUUACCAGCAAGAGGCACUCGAUGGGCGUAUGCAGUAUACACAGUAGCCCUCACCGGGAGCGCAUUCUUGCCACAGGCAGCUAUGACGAGCAGGUGCUCCUCUGGGAUGAAAGGAACAUGCGUCAGCCUCUUAGUGAGAGUGCUCUGGGGGGCGGAGUUUGGAGACUGAAGUGGCAUCCCACCAAUGAGCACUUGCUGUUGGCCGCCUGCAUGCACAAUGACUUCCACAUCCUUCAUUGCCAGCAAGCUCUGGAGGGCAGCGGCAGUGCGUGCUCUGUCCUGGGCUCCUACAUUCUCCACAACUCCCUGGCCUAUGGGGCCGACUGGUCCCGGUUUCCCCUGGAUGAGACCACUCCCCCUCCAGAGACCUCAGAGCCGACCCGGGGCCCUGCGCAGGGCCAUACAGGGGGACACCUGAGGAUCCAGUAUGAAUCUCCCACUGCCAGCUUCGACACCUCCUUGGAGGAUGACGCGGGACAUUACAUUCCUGAGAGUUCAUCCCCACCACCUUCCAGCCCUGCAUCUGACCCCCCCUGUCCCAACCCCAUGGAGGACAGUCCUUCCAUGUCCUGCCUAAUGGCCAGCUGCUCCUUCUACGACCACAUGCUACACGUUUGGCGCUGGGACUGGACCCGGCCAGAGGAAGGCUGCGUUGGGAAGGCCCGGGAGGGGGAAGAGAGAGGAGCGAUAGGCGAGUGAGACAGGUCAAACAUGGAGCGGAACACUGUAAUAGUCGAACGCAGCUGGUGUUUGGAGGCCAGUGUUUGUUUAUUGGUCAAUCCCAUUACAUCAGGAGGCUGAGACAAAGGAAUGUGUGCUACUGUAUCUCACUGAAGAGGUGCUCACCCAUAAGGAUUGUUUGAGUUAAGUACCAACACAGGACUUCACAUAUUUGAAUGUUUGCACUCAAGCAACAAAAACCUACACAACCAGCACCAUUUAUAUCAUAAUAAUAUUUCCUGUUUUUUUUCCAAUUUCAAUUGUUGUAAAAUACUGAUGUUUUUAGGCAUUACGGUUUGGGCCAGUAAUGCCCACAGUAGGAAAAGGCAGAUGGUAGUUCUACAUCCUUUCUUAGUAGGGCAACACUGAAUGACUUGUAGAUAUUAUUUAGAGCUGGUUUUGGCUGUGCUGAUCAAUAUCAUUCCACCCUUAAUUAAUAAUGUAUCUAAUUACACAUUUUUGGUCAGUACAUUUUGCAUUUUAAUAUAUGCUUUCCUGAUAAGUGGGUCAUGGAUUUAUUACAAUACAUUACAUUUCUUUGAAAUAUUUACCAGGAAAAGCUAUUAUUUAAUCCACUUAUCAUUGUACUUUAAUGUAUAUAAUUUUUAAGCAAUACAUCUGCUGUGUUUGGAUCCCAUGGUUUCUCUGGUCUGGUAAAUGUCUGAUUUUCUUGAUGGACAUCUAAGCCUAGCUAAACAUACAGUUCCAACUCAUCUGGUUUUUAAUCACUGUUUUUAAAAAUCCCUAUUAAGAGAUUAUUAAAGCAGCUGAAACAAGAAAUUGCCUUCCCUGUUUUCAUCAAAAGCUAAGGGAUGGAGCUGGGGAUUUGUAGUCACUCUUGAAUUUGUAGACCGAUUUGUGGCUACAAGAACUGAUUAUCCAUGAUAUACAAGUAUUAGUUUUAACCAUGGUGUGAGAUUUGAUUGUAUAUUUACAGUGCAGUCCAUAAGUACAAAGCUCAAAAAAAUUAAGGGAACACUUAAAUCACACAUCGGGUCUCGAUGAAUGAAAUAUAUUAAAGAUCAAAAUCUUUACUGUACAUUGUGUAAUUGGUUGAGAACAAAAUGACAUGUAAGUGGAAACCAAGAUCACCAACAGAGUGAGGGCUAGAUUCAAACUCACAACAAAAAUCUAACUAAACAAUUGAAAUCACAGGCUGUUCCAACUUGUGUGAAUUUCAUCAUGGCAACUCAUUGUGACACACUACUGUAUGAACAUCUGGGCAUACUCCUGAUGAGAUGGCGGAUGGUGUCUUGAGGGAUCUCCACCCAGACCUGGAUCAGGGCAUCAGUGAGCU